AUGAUCUGCCGUACCUGUCUGCGCGCCCGUCUCGCCCAAAGGCUCCCCUCCACCGUCCCGAAGCGAACCCUUUUUGCCGCCACCACCCGCUGCGCACCAGCAAUCACUACCAACUUCGCUAUCCCCGCUCGCCCCCAACACCAAUUCCCACGAAUCGCAGGCCAUGCACAACGGCUCUACUCGUCAGAGAGCGCAGCUUCCGCCUCCCAGUCCUCAGAGCCCCCUUCAGCUCUUCCCAGACCAGAAGACUUGACAGAGGGAGAAGCACAAGUGUGGGAUAUACUCGUGGCAGAGUUUGCGCCGACCCAGCUCCUGGUGCAAGACAUCUCUGGCGGGUGCGGCUCCAUGUACGGCAUCGACAUUUCUUCUGAGAAGUUCAGGGGGUUGAACAUGCUCAAGCAGCAGAGGCUGGUCAACGCCGCGCUGGGGGACCUGGUCAAGGAGUGGCACGGUGUCCAGCUCAAGACCCGGGCGCCUUGA